GUUCCUGCCAACAAAAAAGUUAAAGCGCCGUCAGUGCAAAAGACCAACAUCUGCUGUGUGGGACCAUCCCUAUUCCUGUGAGAGACGCAUUGGUGGGAUGGAGUGGGGAUGUGACUGGGGGCUGGCUUCUAACAGGAGUUCUACAUACUUGACUCUCUCCAGUUUGUCCACAUCUCCUAAUGUGUGGUGCCCAAAGCCAGACACGGUACUCCAGCUGAGGCCUCACCAGUGCAGGACCACCUUUGAUUUGCAUUCAGGUUAGUCCACACUAACUGGAUGUGAGAUAGCUGACCCGGUACUGAGGAUGGCUUCUACAUGGCAGAAGUGCCCGAAGGACUGUGCCCAAAGGCAUGCCAUCAACUGAAGCAAAGGAACUGAUGUAUUAAGUGAACGCACAGAAAAUGGAAAGCCAAACAGAAACUAUCAAGAUGGAUAUUGGCCCCUCUCCGUCAUUUCCAAUGGAAAGAAAGGUUCACAUCCAGAUAAGCGGGAGACAGAUCAUCCAAACCAAACUGAGGAAGAGCUGUUCCUGCACCACUAAGAGACUGAAGAACGUAGUCAUGGACUUCUUCCCUGUGUUACGAUGGCUUCCCAAGUACCACUGCAGAGAACACAUAUGGGGGGACGUUAUGUCCGGGGUGGUGAUUGGGAUCAUUUUGGUACCCCAAGCCAUAGCGUAUUCUCUGCUAGCCGGUCUGAAGCCUAUUUAUAGCCUUUACACGUCAUUCUUUGCCAACAUAAUUUAUUUCCUGAUGGGCACCUCUCGCCACGUGUCUGUUGGCAUUUUCAGCCUGUUAAGUUUAAUGGUAGGGCAAGUUGUGGACAGAGAGCUGCUCUUGGCAGGGUUUGACCUGAACGACGAUGAUGACGCCAUCAGCAACAACUACGAAUGGAACGGCAACAAUUCUAAUGUAACCGCCUUCAACCUUACCCUGGGGGGGUUGAGCGCUGAGUGUGGGAAAGACUGUUACGCUAUUGGAGUCGCUACAGCCUUGACUUUUCUGGCUGGAUUUUAUCAGGUUCUGAUGGGAGUCUUUCGUCUAGGCUUUGUCUCUAUGUAUCUUUCAGAGUCUGUGCUGGAUGGAUUUGCAACUGGUGCUUCUUUAACCAUUUUAACAGCCCAAGUUAAGUACCUUAUUGGAAUAAAAAUCCCACGCAGCCAAGGGCACGGGAUCCUCUUAACGACCUGGAUUAAUAUUUUUCGAAACAUUUCUCAGGCGAACCAGUGCGAUGUAAUCACGAGCGGGGUUUGCAUUGCUGUGCUAGUUGCCGCGAAAGAACUGGGAGAUCGGUACAAGCAGAAGCUGAAAAUCCCACUGCCCACAGAGCUGGUGGUUAUUGUUGUGGCUACGCUGGUUUCACACUACGGGAAGCUGAAUGAAGUUUACGCAUCCAGUGUUUCGGGGGCAAUUCCAACUGGAUUUAUUCCCCCUCAGCUGCCAAAUUUUAACAUGAUGCAUCGCGUGGCUCUAGAUGCUGUUCCCCUGGCCAUAGUUGGCUUUGCAUUUACAAUCUCCCUCUCAGAAAUGUUCGCCAAGAAAUAUGCCUACACUGUCAGAGCCAAUCAGGAAAUGUUUGCCAUAGGAUUCUGUAACAUUAUCCCAUCCUUUUUCCAUUGUUUCGCAACCAGUGCAGCUCUUGCAAAAACGCUUGUGAAGUCUUCUACGGGCUGCCAGACGCAGGUCUCUAGUGUUAUCAGCGCAGUGGUAGUGCUGUUGGUGCUGCUCUUCCUCGCGCCGCUGUUUUAUUCUUUGCAAAAAUGUGUUUUGGCUUGCAUCAUAAUAGUCAGUCUCCGAGGAGCCCUUCGGAAGUUUCGAGACGUGCCCCAGCGAUAUCACGUGAACAAGGUGGACACUCUGGUCUGGUGCGUUACUGCGUUCUCAUCUGCCCUGAUCAGCACAGAAAUGGGGCUUUUGAUUGGGGUCCUCUUUUCCAUGCUGUGCAUCGUUGUUCGUACGCAGCGACCCCGUACUGCCCUGCUGGGUCAGAUCCAGAACACUGCCUUCUAUGAAGACGACUGGGAAUAUGAAAAUCUCUGUCCUGUUCCAAAUGCCAAAAUAUUUCGUUUUGAGGCACCACUUUACUAUGCAAAUAAAGACUUUUUUCUGAAGUCUCUCUACAGAAUGACUGGGUUAGAUCCUACUCUGGAAGCUGCUAAAAGGAAAAAGAAUGAGAAGAAGCAAAAAGAGCAUUUGAAAGAGGGAAACAGAGGCACAAUUGUUAAGGGAUCGGAUCAGGCAGAUACAGCUUUACGCCUGGUCCCUAAACAAGUAGAUUUCCAGACCAUCAUCAUAGACUGUUCCUCAGUCACUUUUCUGGACACAGCUGGUAUAAUCACAUUAAAGGAAAUACGGAAAGAUUACAACGAGCUAAAAAUCACUGUUCUUCUGGCUUGCUGCAACCCCUCAGUGAUUGACUCUCUGAAAAGAGGGGACUUCUUUGGGAAGGACUGCAAAAAGAUGCACGAAUUGCUGUUCUAUAGCAUUCACGGUGCUGUGCAGUUUGCCAGAGACAGAAAGCCUUUGGCAGAUGGCUCGGCUGUUUAGUUUCAAAGGCCCAUGUGUUUCCCUCUGCUGUGCAGCACAGGGUGCAGUCACUUAGAAGUCGGCAGACACCUCACUUGCUACGCAGGAGCCAUCUGCCUACAGGACAUUCUCCCAUGAGAAGGUGUGCAGUGCUGGACCGCCGCAUCACGUCUGCAGACGGGGCAAACAGGGGUGUGGUCAAGGACCAGAUGGGAAGAGUGAGGAGUGCACCCAGUUACCACCUGAACUGCCACUUCAAAAUGCAGAUGUUGGACUGUAAAACAGCUUGUGAGUUACUUCUCCCUUGUACUGUAGUAACUUACACGCAUCAAACUUAUGCACCACCGGUCUGGUGUAUCUGCAAGUCUGUCUAGUGCCUGAGCAGAAAAGGCUAGCUGUCUCCCUUGAAUGUGCUGGUUUAUGCGUACAGGAGAGCAGUCUCCAAGAAACCACUUGUGGUCUGGUUCCUUGGCCACACCACAGGGCUAUCUUUUAAACUCUGGCCUGUAAGGCCUUUUCCCUUAUCAUAUCACUACUACAGGCAUGCUCUUGUUUCAACGGGCUUUCAGACAACCCCGCUGUUUGCUACACACUUCUUAGGAGCAUCAGCUGGGCUGAUGUAGCACCUCCUUCCCACAUGCCCAUGAGCCAUAACAAACGUGUUCCCCUCAGUUUCAUUAUUCCUUAGCAAAACCUCCCUCAAAGCUACCAUGGAAUCAUCCAUAUUAAAAAGAGCCUAUUAAGGGGAUAUUUCUGCUCUUAAAGAUGCAGGAAAAAGUGUGACCAUUAAACUCAGAUUUGCUGUAGCUAGUGAAAUUACUUAAAGCGAUUUAAGAAAAGGGAAGUGCUUUCAUUAGAAAUCUUAUAGCUACACUAGUUUAACUGAGAGGCAAAUCUGACUUUCUGGAAUUUAGCUAUCUCAAGCUUAAACCCUAGAAUUCAGGCCAAGCACAUCAUCUUUGUAAUGUAACCGUCAGACUGGGUGCAGGGCAGUGGGGAGAAAUGGGAGUGAAAGAGACAGAGGAGGGGAAAAGAUGCAAGAAGGGAAGCCUGAGAUAGGGAUGGGAAGGGGAGAAACGGGCUGGUUCUGAACUGGGUCUGAAUCUGGAGUAACUCCAUUGAAGUUUUACGCUGGUGUAACCGGGGUCAGAAUGUGGCCUAAUGACUGAAGCAGAACUUUUUUAAACCAUUCAUUUCAUUAUGUUGUCAGAGUACCCCCGCUAUUUGUAUACAUUUCAGGCCAUAACAUUAAUUUGUAACUCUGUGGUUUCUAACGACAGCUAAUAGGCUGUUAUGCAGAGUCGGGAUAUGUUAUUUUUAUAUUAAUUUCUAUGACUAUUUAUUCCCCGUAAUAUCAAAUGGCAAUUUAAAAGACAGCACACUGCAAAUCAGAUGCCUUGGUAGCUAUCACACUAUUUGUGCAGUAUCUGUACAAAAAUAUACGUAAAAUAGGGCUAGACCAAAAGUCAGUUUAACAGACGGCGCUGAAUUGUCGCCAGAAGUUCUGACACUUGGCUUUGGCAGCGUGGCUUCUCCAAUGCUCAGGCUGAAGAGCUAGCCAAGGCCCAGUUUCGGCUCAUUCAGCAGCUGCUUCUCCCUCGUCUCGUGUCCCAUCCCACAGGCCAGGCGUUGGGCAGUAUAAGGAAUCUCAGCGUCGGGUCCUGGAUGCUUUUUUCCUUUCUCGUUUUGGCCAUUUUGUGUGACCCUCCACCCCCAUUUCAAUGGCAGAACCUUCCCCUUUCCCAGUAGCUCUCACUGUCUUUCCUCUCCCAUCCUUUUCCCUAGGGUUAGACGCUCCUUCCAUCCAUGAGUGAAAUGUGGGGAAAAUGCAGGUUUGAGGACUACUUACAGGGCUACAUUUAGUCUGACUCCAUUGAAGCCAAUAGAGAAGCCCUUAAACAUACUCAGUCCUAUAACUGCUCUGUAGUCUCUAAAGAGACUACUGGUCUCAUUCUACUCUUAAAGCGAGCCCUUUGCCACGAUACACAACAUUUUGUUUAAGAGCACUACACAGCAGUACCAAGCAAUUUAUUUCCACUCUCUAGAUCAAGAAGUGCAAGGAUAUUCGAAGCAAAGGUCUCCAGAUUUUCCAAUAUCCCCUUCCCUAUUUAGGAACACCAAAACAAAUAAUCCUUUCAUAAAGGAAGGGCAACUCAUUUCCAAAUAGAGAUAUUCUGGUGAUUGACUCUAUCUGAAGUGAGGGCAACACUGGGAUGGGGUGUAUAAAUCCCACACUGAGGAGGGAGGUGCCAGAGAGGCUCUGGGGACAGGACGAGCCCUGCCUCUCUGGCCUUGUCAAUCAUGUAUAAAAGGGAGAAAAUGGCAGUCAACUGAGGGGGGAGGAGCAAGACUGCCCUAAGCAGAAGACUACUGGAGCCACUUGGGGAAUGCCCAUCCAGGAGAUCUCUACCCCCACCCUGGGGGGAGUGCAGUGAACUCCCAGGGAGAGACUUAAGAAGGCCUGCAAGGGGUAGGACCCUUGGUAAGAAGUAAGGAAUUGGGGCCUGUGCGGGAGCCACCCAGUGCAAGUAACUGGGUGUGGUCAGGUUCUCUCACCCUCUGGAGGAAAAACUUGUGGGGGCUCCUUUAUAAACACAUUUUUAAUGAGGAUUAGUAGUCAGGUACUGAAAUUCCCCUGCUCGCCUUAUUUAUUCAAAAACACAUGUGAUGUCUCGGUGCUAUUAUCACAACACAUGAUGUCAACAGUAACAAAAUAAUUCUGGAAAAGCCGGCCUGACUGAUGUCCCUGUUAAGAGAUCAGAACUGACCAACCAUUUUUAGUAUUCGUGUUUUUCUGCAGGAAAGUCAAUUUAACGUGCAACGACAUCAUCCAUUAAAGAGCUGGUGUAUCAAGACCACAGCUUAUCAUCUUCUCAUUGUUACCUUGUGUUCUCCUGAAAUGUUUGUUGUAGCCACUUAGUAUGUACGCUUUGCUGGUCAGGGGCCAGCUUUGUCAGAUGUCUAUACAGGGCCUAGCACAAAGCGACUGGGGCCAGUACACUUCGCUGUAAAUGAUACAGCAGGCUACAAUUGGGAGUUAACAGCAACGGGGGAAGAAACGAGCAAGCUGUUUAACAAGCUAGUCUUAUUCACUCUGUUGGUUUGAGCCCCAGAGCUAGAACCUUGAGAAGAAAUACAGCUUAGCUUUCCCCUAAUGUUAUGAGACUAAUCUGGUUUCCGAAAGAAGGCAGGCAAUUGGGGAACAAAAUUAAGACUUAUCCUUACCUGAAAAAAAAAGUUAGAGUUCUAGCCCAUGCCCCCCAAAUCCCCCAAAAGAGGGAGAAGGGAAGAGAAGCUGAUCUGUCAAUCUUUUUUUAACAAAGCAUGCUGGGAAGGGGUGCAGUCUGGUGGCUCUUUGCAAGGUAGGCUCUUCAGGUUGUUUAGUAUUUAUCAGAGCAGCAUCCCAGUAGAAGAAGGAGAGCUGCAUGAAGAUGCGGGAUACGGGGAGAACAGGUUGCUUUUUUUCUCUCUGAUAAAAGUUGUUUUAACAACCAGAAAAGACUUCAGGAACCAUUUGCGUUUUGAAUGUUAGUUCUGGGAACUGGCUUAUAUGUAAGUUACAGUGUUUGUGGUUGUAAAUGACUUUCUAUGAUUAAAAACUGCUUUAUUUCUGUUCA